AUGGAUGACAGAUGCUACCCAGUGAUCUUCCCGGAUGCCCGAAAUUUCCGCCCCUUCACUUCUGACUCUCUGGCUGCAAUUGAGAAGCGGAUAGCCAUCCAAAAGGACAAAAAGAAGUCUGAAGAGCAGACAGGGGCAGAACCCCAGCUUCGGCCUCAGCUUGACCUAAAGGCCUCUAGGAAGUUGCCCAAGCUCUACGGUGACAUUCCCUGUGAGCUGAUAGCAAAGCCCCUGGAAGACUUGGACCCAUUCUACAGAAAUCAUAAGACAUUUAUGGUGUUGAACAAAAAGAGAACAAUCUACCGCUUCAGUGCCAAGCGUGCCUUGUUCAUUUUGGGGCCUUUCAAUUCAAUCAGAAGUUUAGCCAUUAGAAUCUCAGUCCAUUCAUUGUUCAGCAUGUUCAUCAUCUGCACGGUUAUCAUUAACUGCGUGUUCAUGGCCGCAAGGCUUGGUAACUACAGUAACACGGAUCCUCCCGAGCUUGUCUUCACUGGGAUUUAUAUUUUUGAAGCUUUGGUAAAAAUAUUGGCAAGAGGUUUUAUUCUGGAUGAAUUUUCUUUCCUUCGAGAUCCAUGGAACUGGCUGGACUCCAUUGUCAUUGGAACAGCGAUUGUAUCAUAUUUGCCACAGUUCAGCUUCAGGAUGUCAUCACUGCGUACCUUCCGAGUGUUCAGAGCUUUGAAAGCCAUUUCAGUAGUUUCAGGUCUGAAGGUCAUUGUGGGGGCCUUGCUGCGCUCUGUGCAGAAACUCGUCAACGUGAUGAUCCUGACCCUCUUCUGCCUCAGCAUCUUCGCCCUGGUAGGUCAGCAGCUCUUCAUGGGAGGUCUGAAUCAGAAAUGUGUCAGGAAGGACUGUGAGAAUAUCAGUGACCUUGAAGCUCACGAUUAUUGUUUUGAAAAGAAGCAAAAUUCCACUGAAUUCAGAAUGUGUGGCAACUGGAUGGUUAACAAUGCCUGUUCUGAACAAUUUCAAUGCAAGCACACCAAAAUUAAUCCUGACUAUAGUUACACGAAUUUUGACAACUUUGGCUGGUCUUUUCUUGCCAUGUUCCGGCUUAUGACCCAAGAUUCCUGGGAGAAGCUUUACCAACAGACCCUGCGCACCUGUGGGCUCUAUUCAGUCUUCUUUUUUGUGGUGGUCAUCUUCCUGGGCUCCUUCUACCUGAUUAACUUAACCCUGGCCGUUGUCACCAUGGCUUAUGAGGAGCAGAACAGAAAUGUAGCUGCAGAGACGGAGGCCAAGGAAAAGAUGUUUCAGGAAGCCCAGCAGCUGCUAAAGGAGGAGAAGGAGGCUCUGGUUGCCAUGGGAAUUGACAGAAGUUCACUUACUUCCCUUGAAGCAUCAUCCUUUUCUCCCAAAAAGAGAAAGCUCUUUGGUUAUAAGAAAAGGAAGUCCCUCUUUUUCAGAGAGUCUAGGAAAGAUCAGGCUCCAGGAUCAGAUUCUGAUGAAGAUUCCUCCAAAAAGCCACACCUCCUACAGCAAACCAAACGACUGUCCCAGAAUCUGUCAGUGGACCACUUUGAUGAGCAUGGAGACCCCUUCCAAAGGCAGAGAGCACUGAGUGCUGUCAGCAUCCUCACCAUCACCAUGCAGGAACAAGAAAAAGCACAGGAACCUUGUCUCCCAUGUGGGAAAGACCUGGCAUCCAAAUACCUUGUGUGGGACUGUAGCCCCCAGUGGCUAUGCAUUAAGAAGGCCCUGAGAACUGUGAUGACUGACCCCUUUACUGAGCUGGCCAUCACCAUCUGCAUCAUAAUCAACACUAUCUUUUUGGCCAUGGAGCAUCAUGAUAUGAACCGCGAUUUUGAGUCUAUGUUGAACACAGGGAAUUUGGUUUUCACUGGCAUUUUCAUAGCAGAAAUGUGCCUAAAAAUCAUUGCACUCGACCCCUACCACUACUUUCGCCGAGGCUGGAACAUUUUUGACAGCAUUGUUGCUGUUCUGAGUUUUGCAGAUGUGAUGAACUGUCUCUCUGGAAAACAAAAAUGGCCAUUCUUGCGCUCCUUCAGAGUGCUGAGGGUCUUCAAGUUAGCCAAAUCCUGGCCAACUUUAAACACACUAAUAAAGAUAAUCGGCCACUCCAUUGGAGCCCUUGGAAACCUGACUGUGGUCCUAGCCAUUGUGGUCUUUAUUUUCUCAGUAGUUGGCAUGCAGCUUUUUGGCUCUAAAUUCAAGUCCAUAAAGAGUAAAAAAUUCUGUGACACUCCUGUCCCCUGUUUACGGCGCUGGCACAUGGAGGAUUUUUACCACUCCUUCCUGGUGGUAUUCCGCAUCCUUUGUGGGGAAUGGAUUGAAAACAUGUGGGAAUGUAUGCAGGAAGCUGAAAUACCAUUGUGUGUUAUUGUCUUUGUGUUGAUCAUGGUGAUAGGAAAACUUGUGGUGCUCAACCUCUUCAUUGCCUUACUGCUCAAUUCCUUUAGCAAUGAGGAGAGAGAUGGAAACUUAGAAGGAGAAGCCAGGAAAACUAAAGUCCAGUUGGCCCUGCUUCGGUUCCGCCAGGCUUUUUGUUUUGUAAUACACACUCUUGAGCAUUUCUGUCAAAAGUGGUGCAGGAGGAAAAACUUACCAAAGCAAGAAGUGACAGGAGGUCCUGCUGCAGACAGCAAAGACAUCAUUCCCCUGGUCACAGAGAUGAAAAGGGGACCAGAAACCCAGGAGGCAUUUGGCAUACUAACCUCUACACCAAAGACCUUGGGCAUUGGGUAUGAUCGGACUUGGCUGGCCCCACUUGCAGAGGAAGAAGAUGAUGUUGAGUCUCCUGAUGAAGAAUAUGCACAGCCCAUCACACAACCUGAGGCUGAAAGACAGGCCUAUGAACUCCAUCAGGAGACCAAGAAGCCCACCAGCCCAGGAGUUCAAAGUGUGGAAAUUGACGUGUUCUCUGUAGACGAUACUUGUCUGGCUAUACAGAAUCCCCGAAAGAAGUCUGAUGCUACCAGUAUGCUAUCAGAAUGCAGCACCAUUGAUCUGCAGGGUACAUUUGGACGGUUACCUCAAAUGGUUCCCAAAAAGGAACCAGAGAGAUGUUUCCCCAAAGGCCUGGGUUGCUGCUUUCCAUGUUGUAGCAUGGACAAGAGAAAGACCCGCUGCAUCACUUGGUGGAAACUGCGGAAAACCUGCUACCAAAUUGUGAAUCACAGUUGGUUUGAGAGCUUUAUUAUCUUUGUGAUUCUGCUGAGCAGUGGGGCACUGGUAUUUGAAGAUGUUAACCUUAAUAAUCAACCCAAAAUCCGAGAACUACUAGAUUAUACUGACAAUAUUUUCACAUAUAUUUUUAUCCUGGAGAUGGGUCUGAAAUGGGUGGCCUUUGGAUUUAGAAAGUAUUUCACCAGUGCCUGGUGCUGGCUCGACUUCAUCAUUGUGAUCGUCUCUGUGACCAGUCUCAUUGAGUUAAACUUGAAGUACUUCCGGACUCUACGAGCGCUAAGGCCUCUUCGAGCACUGUCCCAGUUUGAAGGAAUGAAGGUGGUGGUCAAUGCUCUUAUAGGCGCCAUACCUGCCAUUCUGAAUGUUUUACUUGUCUGCCUCAUUUUCUGGCUCAUAUUUUGUAUCCUGGGAGUAAACUUCUUUUCUGGAAAAUUUGGAAGAUGCAUUAACGGAACAGAUACAAACUCACUUAUUGAUUAUAAGAUCGUUGCCGACCGAGCUCAAUGUGAGAAUGGCAGUUUCUCCUGGUACAACGGGGAAGUCAACUUUGACAAUGUGGGGAACGCUUACCUGGCGCUGUUUCAGGUGGCAACAUUUAAAGGCUGGAUGGAUAUUAUGUAUGCAGCUGUUGAUUCCAGAGGGAAAGGACAACAGCCAGGGUUUGAGCAGAAUUCAUACAUGUACCUUUACUUCGUGGUUUUUAUCAUCUUUGGCUCGUUCUUCACUCUGAAUCUCUUUAUUGGUGUUAUUAUUGACAACUUCAACCAACAGCAGAAAAAGAUAAGUGGCCAAGACAUUUUUAUGACAGAAGAACAGAAGAAAUACUAUAAUGCAAUGAAAAAAUUGGGAUCCAAAAAACCUCAGAAACCCAUUCCAAGGCCUCUGAACAAAUGUCAAGGUCUCGUGUUUGACCUAGUAACAAGCCAGGUCUUUGACAUCGUCAUCAUAAGUCUCAUUAUCCUAAACAUGAUUAGCAUGAUGGCUGAAUCAGAUAACCAACCUGCAAACACAAAACUCGUCCUUGAGCGUCUCAACCUGGCCUUUGUGGUCAUCUUUACAAUAGAGUGUCUCAUCAAAAUCUUUGCUUUGAGGCAAUACUACUUCACCAAUGGCUGGAAUUUAUUUGAUUGUGUGAUCGUGGUUCUUUCUAUCGUUAGUACAAUGAUUUCUGCCUUGGAACACCAGGAGCACAUUCCUUUCCCUCCGACGCUCUUCAGAGUUGUCCGCUUGGCUCGGAUUGGCCGAAUCCUGAGGCUUGUGCGUGCAGCCCGAGGAAUUAGGACUCUCCUUUUUGCUCUGAUGAUGUCUCUCCCCUCUCUAUUCAACAUUGGUCUUCUACUCUUUCUGGUGAUGUUUAUUUACGCCAUUUUUGGUAUGAACUGUUUUUCCGAAGUGAAGCCAGGGUCUGGAAUUGAUGACAUAUUCAACUUCCAAACAUUCGCCGGCAGCAUGCUCUGUCUCUUCCAGAUAACCACGUCAGCAGGUUGGGAUGCCCUCCUCAAGCCCAUGCUGCGUUCAGAAAACUCCUGUAAUUCCUCCCCAGACAACUGUCGCCACCUCCCUGUCAUAGCCACAACCUACUUUGUCAGUUACAUCAUUAUCUCCUUUCUCAUUGUUGUCAACAUGUAUAUUGCUGUGAUUUUAGAGAACUUCAAUACAGCCACUGAAGAAAGUGAGGACCCUCUGGGUGAAGAUGACUUUGAAAUAUUCUACGAAGUCUGGGAAAAGUUUGACCCAGAAGCAACACAGUUUAUCAGAUAUUCUGCCCUUUCUGACUUCGCCGAUUCCCUACCUGAGCCUUUGCGUGUGGCAAAGCCAAAUAAAUUUCAAUUCCUAGUAAUGGACUUGCCCAUGGUGAGUGGGGAUCGCCUCCACUGCAUGGAUAUUCUUUUCGCCUUCACCACUAGGGUGCUUGGUGACUCCAGUGGUCUGGAUAGCAUGAAAGCAAUGAUGGAGGAGAAGUUCAUGGAAGCCAAUCCUUUCAAGAAGUUAUAUGAACCCAUAGUCACCACCACCAAGAGAAAGGAAGAGGAGAGAGGUGCUGCUAUUAUUCAAAAGGCCUUUCGAAAGUAUAGGAAAAUGACCAAGGGUGACUUGGAAAACAGGCCUCAUUCACCACUCGAGACUCUUUGCAAUGGAGAUUUGUCCAGCUCUGGGGUGGCCAAGGGCAAGGCCCACUAUGACUGA